CCACCCUUCUCGCGCUCUGCAAUCUGUUGCUGCCAAACCAGCUGGCAGUUUCAAUGGAUAUUGUGAUCUAUGACUGUACUUUAAAUCCUGAGAAUAAACUGAGUUUACCUGUUUACAUCAAAGCAAAGCUGCAGCAGCAGCUGACUUAGAGGAUUGAGUCGGUUCAUGAGUUGGUGAAGCUGCUGAGGAAAGUUGUUCACCGAGCUCCUCACCUGAUUUGCCCACCACUCCCAGCGGUGCGGAGCGCUCAGGAUGGGCUCCCUGAUGCGGACGCCGGGAGCUCUGCCUACUUGGAAAGCCACGGUUUUCCUCUUCCACAUGAUCUCGGCGGCUGUGGCUAAAAGACACGUCGUGUACUGGAACUCUACAAACACAAGGUUAACGGCAGGAGAUCUGUCCAUCCAGGUGAAUCUGAACGACUACCUAGACAUCUACUGCCCCCACUUCCCCAAUAAGGAAACCCUGGGCCCUGGGCAGCCGGAGACGCUGGCUCUCUACCUGGUGGGAGAGGCAUCGUUCCAGGGCUGUGUGGAGACCAGGGGGGCUAUCAAGAGAUGGGAGUGUAACACCCCCUACGCUCCAUUUGGACCAGUGCGCUUCUCUGAGAAGAUCCAAAGAUUCACACCCUUCUCACUGGGGUUUGAGUUUCUGCCAUGUCACCACUACUACUACAGCUCUCUACCCACAGAUGAAGGCCCUCUUCUGCCAUGUAUGAAGUUGCGUGUCACCGUGUGCUGUGAGCCCACGUCAGAGGGUUCAAAACAAAUACAAGAAACUGCACCUCAAAGUGGUGUUUGCUCACCGAGGACAGCUUCACUCCAGCUCUUCCUCAUCCUCGCCUUCCUCCUGCUGAACACCUGAUUUCCUUGUCCGUCCUCACCGCUGACCUCGCUCCUGUUCUCCGUGGGACCGGGAGUUAUUACUGGGAUGUUCAAGUACACAGUGCGAUCUCAGACAGUGAAUGACACAAUGCAAUCUAUGCUAAGAUAUUGCAAAUGACACAGAUUACCUUGUGGCUGUUUUACCUGUGAAAUUCCAGAAAGAAUCGGGUGUCUUCUCCUAAACAGGGCCACAGUGACUCAGGGACUGACGCACCAAAUCACAGUGAUUCAUUUCUUGUUAUUUUCAUCUCCCACCUGUUGUGUAAGUAGUAGCACAGAAUAUUACACGUAGAACUAGGCCUAGUCAUAAGAUUCAUGUCCCGCUCUUCUUCUGCUGGAAAAAAAAAAGAGUCUGCUUGGACUUGUUCCAACAAAGUUCUCUCACCUUCUCAUCUCUGUUUACCAUCCAGUUUUCAUUUACUACUUAUUUUGUUGUAUUUGCUUCUUUUUGAGAACACGCCUCCAGUUGAAAAUUGGCCAAAUAAACACAUACUACUGCACUGAGCGGCUCAGGUUGGAGGUCAGUCAGUUAACUGCUGACUUUUUUUUUCUUUUCUGACAUGCUGUAUAUGGGCAUACACAAAUAACUUACUCAUUUUAUGCCUCAUUUGCAUCUAGUAUGAUAAUUGUGUUGAACUUUUAUAAUUUUAUAAUUUUCGGGAAAAAGGGGUUGUAAGAGAAAGUGGGGAAUAUUCUGGAAUAGUCAGGCAAGGCUGCUGCGCCCCCUACUGGGAUUAAACUGGUUUAACUGGAAUUGGACUGGGUUGGCCAUAAACCCAGACACUGGACACUAGAUUCUGGUGGUGCAUGGUAAUAAUGGGACCUGGGACCACGUUUGUCCCUCUCUGAUUGGACCCCCUGUUGUUCUGCCUCCCCAUCCUUCUCUCUGCUCCAGAAUAAAGUGCAGAACAGGGGGGUUGCGGGUAAACGGAGACCAUCAGCAUGUCUCUUUUCAUUGAACACACUGCAGGCCACUGAGGAGUCCUAUUUGUUGAUGCUCCUGUUCACUUACUGGGUGUACAGAUAUGCACACAAUCUUUUUGUUCCUUUUGUUGGUCCUACGCAGGUUCCUUGAUUUUAGGUUUUACUGAAUAGAUAAUAUAUUCAUCACAAUGAGAUAUAUUAACUAUAUGAUUCAAUGUUUUAGUAAGAACUGAUCUCUAAUAUUUAAGUGCUAAAGUCUGAUAAAAAUUACUUUUUUCUCAUACACAAACAAUGAUUUAUAUUCUGGUUAUAUAUGGAUUUACUGGUUUAUUUUCAAUAUGCUCUGCUACAAUGUAGUUUCCCAAGGUAAAGGAUUUGAUUGUGGAAUUUAUUUCAUUUUUUGCCAAAUUUUCUUUAAAGAAUUCACUCUGACUGUCAUCGAUUAAGAAAAAAUAUCAUAAUGAAUUUAAAAUUCAUUUAUCUGAUUUUUUUUUUUUAAUUGAAGUUGGAGAUAAUAUAUGUGUGCAUUUUUCAUUGAAAUUAAAUUAAGUCUAUAUAUUUAUAGAGUUGCAUAAUUAUUUCCCCACAAUAUUUGAGCUGAAAAAAAUCUAUAGGUUAGUUCUAUCAAUAAAAAACUACAUUGUUAGCACUUAAUAUAUUUUUUUUCUUGAAAUCACACCAGUCAUUCCAUUGUUUUAUUAUGUUAAUUACCUAAAUGGGUGAUAAAACCAAUGUUUGAAAAUUUGUUAAAUAAUUUUUGUGAUGUUGAAUUUUACAAUCAUUUACUACUAGGAAUUUGUUUUUGAUUUCUUUGUGUGUGUAAUGUCUUCUGCUUUCACAUUUUAGUGAAGAAUGUAGCUUCUUCUGUGAAGAGCCAACUGCAAUCUGAGCCUUUUUUAUGUGGCAAAACAACAAAAUAAAUAUGAUUGCAUUAAAACAUUUUGAGUUGAUUACCAUUUAACUUUUGAAGGUAUUGAUAUUUUAUGCAACCACAGGUCUUGGUGACAACAAACACAUACACACACAAACGCUUGCACACACACACACACACACACACACACACACACACACACACACACACACUUUAUUUGUGGAACACACAUCCAGUGUAAUACACAGGAGUAUGGAGAUAAAGAGACUUCGGGGACUUGAAAUGACCUUGUGGUGUAAGAGGCCAUUGUAAUGUGAGUAACCUAGUGGAAUAUUGAGCUGAGUAUUUAUCUAUGGGCAGCCAAAGCCUGAUAAGACUCAGAUACCCAAUAGACUCCUGGUAUUAAUAGUCCCUAAAGCAUCACUGCCAAUACAAAGACAUUAAAGUAGUCACUGUAUUUAUUUUCACUAAACACAAGACUGAGGUUGAAUAUAGAGCGAGAGGAGAUGUUUUUGUUUGUUCUUUUAAAUAUAAAAGUGUACAUCCAAAUAAGCUGUAAAUGCAUUUCCAUUUAUAUAGAAUGUAAUGUAGAGCCUCUUGUGAACCCAGAAAGGCAAUUUCCUGGAUAAUAGGGCUAAUGCUCCUAUUUCAUGGUUUAUGAUCUCUUCUGAUGACAUGUUUGUCACUGUUGAGGUAUGUUGUUUGUGAACUGGCUUUGAGAUUUGACCUUCACGUAUACAUUUCCAUAGCCCAUGUUUUCAUUCUUUUUCCAUUGUAAACGAUGAAGUAAGCAAACGGAAAUAAGUGGAAAGUGAAGAACACUUUCAGAUUGGUGUAAAGGGGAAAAGGACUUUAAAAGCAGCAGCAGCAGUCGUCUCCAAUCUUUUGUGUGUUAAAACUGUUUGGCUGUUUAUUCCAGCAAAAACAUGUACAGACCAAAGCUUUUAUGUAACAGUGUGACAGAGGUCUUUUUUUCCUUUUUUUAUGUUUUACCUUUGAUUCCUGACAGGAAAUGCUCAAACAAAUACCAAACAUGUAUCACAUUUUCCGAAUUUCUUCAUACUUGACAAUGUUGAUGUUAGUAACAAUUCUACUGUGUGCUGAUGUACUAAAACUGGAACUGAACUCACCCUUCAAAAUAAACUUCAAAAUUAUGGACAGAUGUUGCCAGAUUAUCUAAAUUCAGAAAAUGGAAAAAUCCCAUCCCGAGUUUCUUCCAAGGCUUUAUGGGACGACUGUGAUCAUAAACAAUUUCUGGCACAACAAAUUUAGUUUUUAACUAUCUGUCUGAGAAAAAAAAAAAAAUUCAUAUGACUGACAUACUGCAUAUCCAUACUGCAGAUCUCUUCUCCACAAAUUACACUGUAAUUACACUGUAUCAAGUUUCAUCACAGCAGGUUCUGUAGCCACAAGUUGGCCUGUAUUUAAUUGCACCUCGGCUGAAUAUUACGGCUCAGAUUGCCAGCGUUGAUUACAUCUUCAGAAAUACAAAACACUGGCUAUUAAUAGAAACAAACAAUACUUAUUUUCCUUUCAGUCUUACCAUUAUUUUGUAUAACAAUUCACAUCCAUUUUUAUAUUUAUUUAGCAACUGCAUAGUUACAUAUUAAUUAAGGACAUAUUUCAUAAAGAGCACAGUAUUAGUUAGCAUAUUCAAUCGUUAAGAUUUGUAAUUUAAAAAAAUAUUAAGACGUAUUUCACUCGUCAAGAAAUCUGGUGCAGUUUUAAAUCAUUACAGGGUAAGAUGUUGGGCAGCUGGUAGAUGUCUCACACAAUAUCUCUCAAGCUUUUCCUUGAAUUUUGGAAGGAUAUUUUUCACAGUUAAGAGUCUGUCAGUAUGUAAUCAACACCUUGAUCCGUAGCACCAUUCCUGUUGUGAAUCCUGACUAGUGUGUCUUUAACAUAUUGCAGAACCAGGGUGAACUGAGGUGAGAUGAGGCAGUACCCCUCUUGCAGGAAGUGUGCU